AUGGCGAUCUCUUUCGAUCAGUUCGAGAUCGUCUCGAGCUCGGUUGAUGGAACGACCUGCGCUGCAAAUCUGGACAAUACGGAUCUCUUUGAGGUGACUACCGCGGCUACGAUUAGUACGUUUUUUACCAGCUAGUUGUUCAUUUUAAUGUUUAGAAACAGAAGAAGAACUUCCACGAGACUGCGAACCGCCAAAAGUUAUCUCCUUCCCAUUUGCCGGCCGCGUUUAUUUUGUUGUGGAUACCUAUUUAUAUGGGAUUCUGAUUGAAGAUACGGUUGUAAACGAAGUGCAGCAGGUUCUGCCAGGUAAUUUAAAGCGUUCUGGUGUUCACACAGUUCAGGUGCUGUAUGCGAUUAUAAUGUUCAACCGGAAUUUGCUCUUCUCGCCUUGGAUAAUGGGGUAAUUGUUGUGUUGGGGGAAGAUGGAGUUUCUCCGAAGACCUUCCAACUUUCCCACCGUGAAGGUACCUCCUACUCCAUCGGUAUUUGCGACGUAACUAUCGAUGACAGUUUCUUGGUUGUUCUGGUUGAAUAUCCUGAUACUGCCGAAUUGAUUAUAUAUUCGAUUGACAAAUUUGGAAAUAGGGACUUCAUUGAUGGGCUGGAAAGAAUCGCCAGCUUUCCCGGGCUUCCCUUGGGCUUUCUCGCUGUUACAACAUCUGGAAUUUCAAUUGUAAGUAUUCAAUUAUAAUUGCGUUUCACAUUGUUUCUUUUGCUUUAGAUUCCCAAGAAUUGUUUGAAAAGCAGACUGUACAUUGAUCCAUGCGAUUUGCUUUCCACCGUUCCACAACUUCAGCACUUGCUAAUGGAUGAUGCUGCUCAAGAUGUAGACGAGGUGCAUACUUUUGACGAGAUGAUGAUGAUACGACGAGAUGGCUUCAUGUCUGUCUAUUCUAAUCUUGGGAGCAUCCGUCCAUGCGGCGAACUUGAUUUCUACUCGUUGAGAUCUGAGAUUGUUCAAUUCCAAAUUCUAAACCAUGAAGGCAGCUUCGUCAAGUCGUCGGAUAAGGUGGUCUUGCAAUUGAGAGAUGGGGAUUCGUACAAAUUGCAUUGCACCACCAUGAGCAAGGACUUUAGUUAUUCGGUGGAAGUGCCCAAGACGGUGGGCAUAUGUUCCAAGAUGACCAUCGCUACCACUUAUGCUGAUAAUGUUGUCUAUGCGGAGGGGUUCGGUUUGAAAAGGUAGGCCAAUUUCCUAUGUUUCUUCGCUUUGGUGUAGUUGGAGUCAUUGUUUUAUUUCAGUCCUCAAGGGGUCAGAAUCCGUUUUAUAUACGAAAGUCGGCCAGACGCCCGUCUGAGCAACCUUCUGGACAAGCAAAGAUUCGACGCCGCUAUGAAAUGGGCUCUUGAAUACGGGCUGGACACUGGUGUAAGUUGUGUUUAAAUUUAUUUUUAAUGUGUUUAGAUCGUCAUUGCCCGUGAAGUGCAGUAUAUUGUUAGUAUGAUGAUUCGAUUUGGUACUGAAGAGCAAGACAUGGAUGAAUUUAUUUCUCUUCUGAGCCAGUUGCCGGACGAUCAGAGCUUCGACUACGCGUACGAGGUCAUGAUGUUGGCGAGGAACCGCGAAAGCAUUCAGAAGAUGCUCGAUUUUUGUCGUGGGCGACAGAUUAAAGGUCCGUUUUUCUUCUUUGAGAGGUAUCUUAGUUUCGAUUUUCCUUUAAGUUUUGUGUUGAUUUCAGACGAAAGCCUGAUAAGCAGCGUUCAAUGUUUUAAAUAUGCUGUAACGUCUUACUGUUUGGUCUAUGGGCCCGACGCCGACUUUUCGGACCCCAUUUGGGAGUUAUUUUGGAAUAAAGAAGGGCAUUGGGAUCUAUUCAAGCAACUGGUGGAGGAUGGAAAAAUCGAUCGAGCUCGAUGUCUGUGGCAAAGAUAUGUGGACAACAUGGAGACGAAUCUCCAAACCAAAUUGGAGGACUUCCCAGGAUUGCUGAAAUCUUUUGAUCGAGUCAUCCGAUCGGAUCUCGCUCUUGUGAAUGACGUCAUCCAGCUGUUAGAACAUGAAAUUUUACAUUCGUUUGUGUCCUUAGACAAUCUUCCCGCUCUCUCUCAAUACUCGGAAUGUUUAGUUGAAUUCUUGCAAACGGUCGUCUCCCUGUUGGAAAGAUCUUCCCAGGAAUAUCCAUUCAACGCCUAUUUUGUGGCGGAUACGGUGCGCCGAUUCCGAAACAAGAUCCUCAAGGAUGUUGAUGAUUUCGACCGGCAGGUAGGCAGCUAUUUUCGAGUGCUGAUUUCCUGUCGUUUUAGCAUCAAAAAAUACUCCAAUUAUCCCAAAUCUCUGCCGGACUUCAAACUCCCAAUUGUUUUACUGAUUUGGACAUCCUCCGCGGUCGCCUGAAGAUGAUAUGCCAUAUCAAAAAGACUUAUGAUGUUAAUUGUUCCAUGGCUGAUGUGACCGCGGAAUCAUUCGAAGCACUGGCGCUGAAGAUGUUGAUCAAUUUCACUUACCGUGUUGUUGACCACCUCCAAGUGUAUGCCCAAACAAAGGUCAUACCUUUCUGCAAGGAAUUCAAGUUGGAUAAAGAUGAAAUCUUUCUGAAAUUUGUGAAGUGCGGUCCCAGGAAUCUGCCAGUAUGUCUGGUGCUGGCUGACAUGAUGGACGACAGCGAUUUGUGUGCCCGAACAACAAUGGCCAUGAUGAAAAGUUGCCCGCUGACAAAGUCGGGAUGGCCUCCGGUACUUCAAGCGCAAAUCGUGAAGGUCCUGAGCAGGGAUAUUUCGUCCUCAAUGUGGGUUUAGAAUAGUAAAUAUUUAUACCUUUUAUGGCUUAUGAAAUAUGUUCGUUUUUCCAGCCGGAACCAAUUGAACAGUCUUCUUCUUCGUCGUGACAUCGCUAUGAUCCUCUUGUCUUACCCGAAGAUACUUCGUAAGAACUUGAUUACGGAUAUCCCCACAAACCAGGACCUUUCUUCCAUAUGUUUUGAGGUCAUCAAUGCCCCAGAUUCUACAAUGGUCAACAAGUUUGAUGAUGUCCAAAAAUUGCACAGCAUGUGUAUGUCUGAUCGUGCACUUUGUUUUGAUUUUGAAUUGUUCUGCCAGCAAGUGCUGGGAGAUUUGACUGACGUCGCUGCGGACUGCGGCUUUCUGGAUGACUUUAUCAGAUGUUUGAGUGAUUACGAAAUGAAAAAGAGGGUCCUGAUGCCUUCGAUUGUGGUUUCUCUCGAGUUGAUGGGACAGUUGCCAACAGAAUGCAUGCCGAAGUAUGUGAAGCGAGUGUCCGCUUUCCUCGGCUAUCUUAAUUCCGAUGAUCCGGAGAGACUGAACGCGGAGGAACAGAUGCUUGUCAUCUACUCGACCUUUACUUCAUUCAGCCUGCAAAUCACACCCAAUGAGAUUGGAAACUUUGAAAAGGCAGAGGGACGCUUGAUCGAUGCCUUGUUGAAUACGGACAACGAUUUGACUUUUAGUGGAUACCAACAUUUUGGCGAGAUGUUAUUAUUGGAUAUGGAUAAGGUCGUGGGCCUUUUAUAUAAACCAGAAGUGGUUCAGAAAAUGCUGGUGUCAGAGGAACUCAAGCUCAGAUUACAAUCCAUGCUCUCGUAAAUCUUGCAGAUGUUUUUAUGUUAUUUAAUGAUUUAGUGCUCUGUUCAACGGCAAGCUGGAGGUUACUUACGAACACCAGUCACUUAUUGACGCCAUUUAUCUGCAUCUCUCACUGUUUGGCCAAUAUCCGAUUAGCAUGUCGGACGUCGCCUAUCUUGCCGAGAGAAUUGCAAGUGUUGUGGAGUUCAUUGAAUUGAAUCAGGUCAAGCCAGGUACUCCCGAAAUAGACAGUUCAUGGUCUACGGUAAUGUUAAUGUAUGGGAUUUAUAGCUUUAUUUCAGCUGCUGAUGUAUGCCCACUUUGUUCAAGAGAUUAUCAGAGCUCUGACCCCGCGAGAGCCGUUGGAUGAUAUCGACGAUCAAUGGAAGAAUGCAGAGAAUAUGUGAGUUUUCUUGGGAGAAUACUGUAUUUCUAAUAUAGGGAACGCGAAAAGAUUUGUAAUCGAGCCUACGAGGGAGAAUCCUUGUGCGAAAUCAAAGUUCUUCACACCGCCUUUAAUCUGGCAAUGUCGGCAAACAAGUAAGUGAUGAAAGAAUUACGUCAUAUUGUAGUUUUAGUGAGUCUUCCGAGAAGAAUCGGCAGGAAUUGUGGAACGAUCUCCUUAUGCAUUUAAUCUCCACUUACAAUUUCGAACUUUGUUUGAAGGCCUUCCAAUUGAUCAACAAUCCAGGUAAUAUUAUCAUCAUUUGAUAUUACGCGUGCCCCUUUCUUACAGCCUUUAUUUCUGAUCCAACCCCACUCUACUCACUCUAUCAGAACUUCCUCGGGUUGUAUCUGGAGAAGUUAAUCGCCCAUUAUGGCAAAGAGUUCUAUGGUCUGGACGCAGCUGUGGCCGCUUGCAGAAGCGCCCCGGAUGAGAAACAAGUGGAGGCAGUUGUGGAUCAGCUAUUCAAGUCGUUUUACCAGAAACAAGAUAGAAUCCCCGCCUACAGAUGUGUGGAACUCCAGAUGAAACUCGGGUUCCUGAGUCCCAUCGAGGCCGUAAAGCGCAUGAAUGCCAUCCUCUGCAUCAACGAAUUGGUCGCGGUUGGAGUGAAUCUUUCUUCUCGCUUCAUGGUCGGCGGUCCGCUUUGCGCAAUGGAAACGUUGGUUAUUUCCUUGGUACCCCCGGGCAUCCUCAUCAAUUGGUGUCAGCGAUUUGGACAUGACGUGGAACAAACAUUGCGGACCUAUGUUUUGAAGUUGGUUGAGGUACAAAUUGGAGAGGGCAAGAAGGCGUUGAGAACCAAAACGGUGGCAGAUACUCUCGAAUCUUUGGCCCCCCUCGGAGAUCAGACCAAACUCCUCUCUGAACUUUUGCAAUGUAUGCUGGCUCAUGUUAAUCCUUACGAUUAUGACCUGAUCCACACGGUCCUUACUAAAUGCGUCGAGAUGUGCCAAGAUCAAUGUACAAAGAACAUGUUCAAGAAGUAUUUGCAUCUCAUCAAGUUUUUGAAGUAGGUGGAGACACUUGCUUGGAAGUAUGAAAAUUGUUUAGGUCGAACCGUCGAGUCCAAUUGAUCGGCUCUGCUGAGGUGAAAUGGCUCAAAGCGAAAGGACUAGACCAACUCCAGGACUCGGUUUGGGCCAAGGCUCGCCUACCAUUCCACAUCUUCUUCGAUGAGACGGUGACAUCGACUUUAAAAGAAUUCCUUUUGUAUGAAUUGGGAACCGAGCAGCUUCCUGUAGGUCUCAUUUCCAAUGGUCGAAAUAAGUGUUGUAAUUGUAGAGAUGGAAGGAUAUGGUCUACAAAUGCAAAGGGUUAGUUCCCUUGACCACUGUCACCCUUGAGACCUCUGCCAUCCUCAGCGACCUGGAAAGAUGCUGUCAAUUGGACGAGAUGAAUUUGGCUGUGCUAGGGUCUAUUAAGCAAUUACUGGCCAUAACUCUUAGUCCGACAAUCUACUUGAAGAAGAUUGCGUGUAAAAUGAAUGAAUUGCCCAACUGUAAGAUAUGAUAGGGGUAGAACGGUAACAAUUUUUGUUUUAGCCAUUGUUCGAACAGAAUUUCUUCGAUUAAUUUACACCGCAAGUUGUGAGCUCUUUUCCAAUAUGAAAGCCGGGCAUGGUGCUGGAAUCCAGAAGGAUGAGAAAUUUAAAGAAUACGAAGAAGCCCUGCUGUGGAUGAAGGGCAUCAGAUUAUCGGGAGAGAUGCACACUUUCCUCAAGAACUUCGACUUCAUCUCCCCGCAGACCUCGGCUCUAAUUGGGGAUGCAAAGGCCACCUGCACUGUGAUUAUUGAUGAAUUCACGGAUUGGGAUAACUGGGAUCAGAUUGGUAGGUGUGGAAAUGACUAUUAGAACAUAAGAUGUUGUGUUGUUACAUACGUCUGUUUUCAGCCAAGGCGUUGGCCUUCUUGGGGAAAGUCAGCUCCCAAAACCUUAUCAAUCUCCGCUCCUUCCUACGAAAUUAUUUGGCCGACCGACUCUCGGGCCACGCGGAAAUGGUCUCUGUUGAAGAGGACGAAGUCACGAACGGCGACCUUAACUUGAGUAUGGUACCCAUGGAGGCGUCGGCCGAGGUAUCAGAACAGUAUGGAGUUCCGUACAUGGAUAAAGAUGUGACGAAACUGGCCAUGAUCGUGAGUAUGGCUUACGAUGACGAGGAAGUGGUUCAAUUUUUGGAUAAGGUAAGCAUGACAACUGGAAACGAACAAAGUAUUAUUUUAUAGAUAAUCCGCCGGCCAAACGAAGAAGUGAAAUGGUUAUGCGUGGUACUCAGAGCUUCUAUUAUUUUGGGAAUCGAUAUCCAGGAUAAGAUUAGGUGAGUUUAAAUCAAAAGGGACGCAAUAUGUUCUCUUUAGCCCGCGUUUGGAAACAGCCUUGAAGGAAGAGCUUUUGAAGAACAGUCGGGAAAGAACGAACCUAAAACUAUUCGAGGAAAAUGGAAAGGAACUCCUGAUACGAAGCCAGAUCUGCACCACCAAUGUCCAUACCACCUUCAAAAAUAUGGAUACCCAGGGGCAACUUCGUCUUUGUUCGUCCAUCGCUUUGUCCCUGAUCAAACAAGACAAGAUUGAGUUCAUUCAUGUGUCCCAACUCAUCGAUCGUCUACUGGCUCAGAAGAUGAGUGACGUCGCGUUUACCCUUCUGAAGUCCUACAACACGAUUCAUGAACCGAUCAGAAAUCAGGAAGUUGCCACCUUAUAUGCAGCAAUCUUCUCCGGCACCCUUGAGAAGAUCCGCCUCAACACCCCAACCGGUCAUAUCAUUGAACCAAGAACAAUGCCGUGGGUGGAUAUCAAAGAGAAGGUUGGAGCUAUGAUAAGAUGUCCAGAAGAUUGCCACCAUCUUUAUCAGAACACGAUUGCCGUACUUCGGAAGAUGGGUAUGGAGAAGGAGGCUAGACAACUCGAAAUUGCAUCUGAUCAGUUGAGUUCAAAUGCUUAA